CUCCGAAUGACCUCAAACCCAUAAUACCCGCAACCCCCCCAAUCAUCACACAAUGGCGUCCCGCUUGGCUCGAAGCGCUGUCGGCGCGAACCUCCUCAGGCCGACCCUGGCCCGCCGCACUCUGCCCGCCAUCUCGGCCUCGAUCGCCGGCGCCCGCAACGCCUCCAACGUCCCCGCCGAGGAUCCCAAGAAGAAGGCCCAGUCCAUCGUCGACGCCCUCCCCGGCAACUCGCUCCUCUCCAAGACCGCCAUCCUCUCCUCGUCCGCCGCCCUCAGCGUCUACGCCAUCAGCAACGAGUACUAUGUCGUCAACGAGGAGACCGUCGUCGCCUUCUGCCUGCUCGCCGUCUGGGGCGGUCUGAUCAAGUACGGAGGCCCGAUGUACAGCGAGUGGGCCCAGGGCCAGGCCGACAAGAUCAAGGGCAUCCUCAACUCCGCCCGUGCCGAUCACACCCAGGCCGUCAAGGGACGCAUUGAGGACGUCCAGCAGAUGUCCGGCGUCGUUGACAUCACCAAGUCCCUCUUCGCCGUUUCCAAGGAGACUGCCGAGCUCGAGGCCAAGGCCUACGAGCAGCAGCAGAAGACCGCCCUGGCUGCCGAGGCCAAGGCCGUCCUCGACUCCUGGGUCCGCUACGAGGGCCAGGUCAAGGCUCGUCAGCAGAAGGAGCUCGCCGAGAGCAUCAUCGCCAAGGUCACCAAGGAGCUUGAGAACCCCAAGGUCCUCCAGCAGAUCCUCCAGCAGAGCAUUGCUGAUGUCGAGAAGAUCUUCUCCUCCAAGGCCCAAUAGAUUCCCCCCAACCCUUACUAGAGUCUGAGCGAGAAGCUUUCCUUUGUCCAAGGGGUCCUGUUCCCCUUGCGUGUCAAUAAACACCCUGUGCAUUAGCCAAAUUCAAAGAACUUGAGAGAAGAAAACGAAACUGGACCACCGCCCAAUAUGUUGCGUAAGUGUUUAAUUAGGAAAAGGCUUACUUUACUCGACAAUUGAUUCACGAUCUUCAA